GGAGCCGCCGGCUCCGAUGGGGCCGGGGAGGCGCGGGGCGGGCUGCGCGGAGGAGGGGGCCGCGGCCGCGGCGGCUGCCGGCCUCCCGCCCUGGCUCCCGCUGUAGCGCUGAGCUGCCGCUUCGCGAGCGAGGAUCCCUCCCUCCCUUCCUCCCUCCCUCGCUCCGCCUGGGAAAGUGGGUUAGGAAGGGAGCUCGGUGCUCAGAGACUGCACAGCCACGCACUGGAGCAGGACCGCCCGCACGCGCGGCCCUGGAACACAGGACUCUUGUUUUUCCUUUUGCUUUUUUCACCUAUCUCCAUCACUCCGAACGGGUUGAUUUAAAAAAAAAAUAUAUAUAAUUAUUAUUUUGCUACCUGACUUUUUCAUCUUGUUUCAUUUUGAUCUACCUUUCAUACACACACACACGUUCCUCUCUGUUUUUUUUUUCUUUCCUUCUUUUUUGACUGAAGGUUGUGCUAAGACUUUUUGGAGAGCCUUAAAAAAAAAGAAAGAGGUUGGGGGGAGAGAAGGCAACAAGAGACUGAAAAGAGCAAGAGAAAGUGGCAGCUAAGAAGGACUGUGAAAUCGUCUCCCUUAUCUGGGGCUGUCGAUCAGAGACAGAGUUGUACAUUAUUAUUAUUGUUUUUCUUUCUACAUCUAUUCAUCUGUAUAUACGUGUCCAGAGAGAGACAAGUACUGACAGAGAAACUCAACGAGACCAGCCAUGGUAGCAAGGGCUCAGCCUGAUGGGAAGCAAUUGCCACUGGUCCUACUGAGAUUGCUUUGCCUUCUCCCUACAGGGCUGCCAGUCCGCAGCGUGGAUUUUACCCGAGGCACCGAUAACAUCACUGUGAGGCAGGGGGAUACAGCCAUCCUCAGGUGUUAUGUAGAAGACAGAAGCUCCAAGGUAGCCUGGUUAAACCGUUCUGGCAUAAUUUUUGCUGGAGAGGACAAGUGGUCCCUGGACCCUCGAGUAGAGCUGGAGAAAAGAAACCCACUGGAAUACAGCCUGCGGAUCCAGAAAGUGGAUGUCUAUGAUGAGGGGUCCUAUACAUGCUCAGUGCAGACACUGCAUCACCCCAAGACUUCCCAGGUUUACUUGAUCGUGCAAGUUCCACCAAAGAUCUCCAAUAUCUCCUCGGACAUCACCGUGAAUGAGGGCAGCAACGUGACCCUGGUUUGCAUGGCAAAUGGGCGUCCUGAGCCUGUCAUCACCUGGAGGCACCUCACCCCGACAGGCAGAGAAUUUGAAGGCGAGGAAGAGUACCUGGAGAUCCUAGGAAUCACACGAGAACAAUCGGGCAAGUACGAAUGCAAAGCUGCCAAUGAGGUUGCUUCAGCAGAUGUCAAGCAAGUCCGGGUCACUGUGAACUACCCUCCCACUAUCACAGAGUCCAAGAGCAAUGAAGCGGCCACAGGACGACAAGCCUUACUCCGGUGUGAGGCAUCAGCAGUACCCACACCUGAUUUUGAGUGGUACAGAGAUGACACCAGGAUAAACAGCGCCAAUGGUCUGGAGAUAAAGAGCACGGGGAGCCAGUCUCUGCUGAUGGUGGCCAACGUCACUGAAGAACACUAUGGGAACUACACUUGCGUGGCUGCCAACAAGCUGGGAGUCACAAAUGCCAGCCUAUACCUUUACAGACCCGGCACAGGGAGAGUAGACAGCGGCUCCAUGAGUUUGGCCGUCCCACUGUGGCUGCUGGUAGCAUCCCUGCUCUGCCUACUCAGCAAAUGUUAAUACAAAUCUGAAUUUAAAAUAAUAAUAAUAAUUAAAAAAAACAACACGACAACAACAACGACAACACACAAAACAAAACGCGUUUUACAGGAGACAGAGCAAAGAGAAGGGAGAGAGAGAAAGAAGGAGAGAGAGAGAGAGAGAGAGAGAGAGGACUGUUUCUUUCACAACUUUUGUGUGUUCAGGAGCGAAGAGGGGGGAGAGGAAAAAAAUCACAGCAAAGACGACUCAGCAACAUUAUUCUGAAUUCUGACAAGCCGGCUGUCAAGUCACCGACCAUCUAGGAGGCAACACAAAGCAAGGGAGAGAACAGGGCACCAGCAAGGAUUGUGUCGCCGGAGGACGCUGCAGUGUAAACAGACCAGCAAAACCCACAAAGCCAGUCAAACAGAAGAUCCCCUUUCUUUUCUCUCCUCCUUCCUCUUUUCCGUACUCCCUUGCCUUUCUUCCUUCAUCCUAUUUCUUUCUUUUGCUGAAAGCAGUCUUUGCUUCGGUGACUGUAGCACUUAACUUUUUGGAUGCCCUUGGUCAUUUUUGCGAGCUGAUGCUCAGCCAGUUCAUACUUUUGCAAAAACAAAACAAACAAACCAAAAAAAAAAACCAACAAAACUUAAAAAAAGCAAACAAACCCAGAGCAAGUCAUCUGAAGCUCGCUACACACUGGUGUCCUGUGAAGAACCCCUUCCUCUCUUCAGUUCAUCCUGUGCACCAGGCCCUUGCUAAAAUCCUUCUUUCCUGUACCCUCCUCCAUGCAGUAUCAUGCUCUGUGGCCUGAACUAAAGCUAUAUCAACUAUACUAAAAGCAUGUUUUUAUUUUCUUUUUUAAUUCUCUUCCUCUCCCCCUCAAUCUGACCAAGUGUCUUUCUCUUUCUCCAGUGUAUGUCUGUGUGUGUGUGUGUGUGUGUGUGUGUGCAUGUGCGCAUGUGCAUAUGUGUGGCUCUCUCUCUCUGUCCUCUCUCUCUUUUUCUCUUUCUCUCUCUCCCUCACUCUUACUCUUGCUCUCUCUAAGCAUGCAAAAGGAACAGUCCAUGUGUACAUAUGCUCAUCCUGCUGUAGAUAAUGUCCUGCCUUUUAAGUGUCAGACACAAUGCUGAGAGAUCACUCGGGCAGAGAAGAGGGGUGAGGAGAGCGGGGCAGUUGCAACACAGGUUCCCACGGCGUACCCUCUCCAGCCUCCUUGCUGGCUUUUUGAAUCCUGGCCCUCUUGCUCACAAGAGUCAGUCCGCAUCCUUUUUUUAACCUUUUUUUCUGUCCCACCAGCACCUGCCUGGCACUCAGCCUUCAAGUAUCAGUGUAGCAGCUCCUGCUAGGUACAAGUGCUUGCACAAGUAUAUGUGGGUGUGUGCAUGUGUGCAUUUGUCCAGACAAGGAAAAGAAAGCAAGACUGACCUGCAGGACCGUGGUGUGCGGAGUGCAAGUGCCCACUCCUCCUGGGAAGGGGAGGCUAGGCAGGUGGGAUGUGACUGAUGAGAGCUUGGACAUCUCUGAACAACCAUUCCUGUAGGUACAGUGUGCGGAGGAACAAUGCCUCAGUGCGAAAACCACAGUGUGGUCAUUCCCAACCAUUUGGUAUUGAUACAGAAAUACAGCCAAUACCCUUUUCUGUUGUUCUUCUGUCCUCCCUGUUACAAAAGGAAAAGUAGUCUAUGUAAAGGUGAGAGAGCGUGUGCGUGUGUGCGUGCGUGCGUGCGUGCGUGUGUGUGUGUGUGUGUGUGCUCACUGCUGCUGCUACAAAGCUCACUUUGCAAAUUACACAUUUUUAAACAAAUUGGGUCAGAAAUUGUCCAGGACCUGUGCAUGUAAGAAUAAAAACAAAUAUCAGGUCCAAAAUCCUGGGCUUGUGAAGAAGGAGCUUAAAGUGGUGCAGUGAAGAAGUAGUCAAUGCAAUUCCCCUUGCUCUUUUCUGGUCCUGUCCACAGAGCUCUGGUCUUGAUGGAGAGGGUUGUUGCCUGCCAUCGCCCUCCCCAUGGCAGAGCUGUGUGUGGAGGUAACAGCCAGAGACACUCCGGCGACUGCUGAGGGACAGAGCAGUCUGAGAGCAGACCACCAGAAACAGAGUUAAGAAAAAUGCUGGCUGGUGGCUGGAAAUUGCCAUGCCAAUGACAAGUUUCCUGUGGGAGAGGGAGGGAUCGGUGGGGGAGGGCACAGCCAAUAGUCACACUAGUACACUGGUGUGGGAAGGGCAGCAAGGCAAAGACUGCCAUGCUUCCUGCCUAGAGUCACAAGCCCAAGCAUCCACAGCAGCAAAGCUGAUAAAAUCUGCGUUUUAUCAAGUAGGCAAUCUUUUUUUUUGAUGGAGGCAAGCAGGAACUGGGGUUAGCCCACACAAGUCUGACACACAACUGACAGCCCCACAACACUACAGUGCCCUACAUGUUUGGCACCACCAAGUGUUUAAGCACCACCAAGUUUUUGAGCACCAGCAUGCUUGCUUCUCUGGCUUUGCCCUAUGAAUCAGUACAGUGGCAAUGUGCUUGGCAGCCAGGCUCACACUUUCUUGCAGACAGGGUGGAAAUAGCUCUGGCCCAGAUCGAACCCUGAGAAGUGCGGGGAGGGGCAGUGCGCCAGGUGAUCCCUGCCAGGAAGGAGAGUGUGAAUUGCACUCUGUGAGCUUGGCCCCAUCUUUGCCCAGCUGAGGCACAAGCUCCACAGAUGUCCCUGUGCUUGGCAAGGCACCUUGCUCUGCGGUGCUGCCUGCGCCUGCCUCUCCUCUGCUGAGCUCAGCUGUUUUGGGCAGCAGCAGCAGGCAGGCAAUUAAGUUGGCAGCCAGAAUGAGCAAGGAAACAUUAGAGGGAGAUAGACAUGAGAGGCUGAGGUCUGGGUGAUGGCAGGCUUGGCUAUAGUUUUCCUGCCAUGGAUUUGGAUGUUGGAGGUUAUCCCCUGCCCCAAAAUCAUACCUAGGAAUGUUUGUGCCUUGAUGCAAGAGGUGAGAGCUGGGCAACUUGAGAAGGUUUGAAAUUCAGCAAAGGGGCCCCAGGAUGUGAGGUGGCUCUUCUUGGCCAAGGCAGGCAUUGGUGGGACUUGAGACUGCACCUUAGGACACUGGCAUGCUAGGGCCCAGGAAAAAAAAAAAUACCCUGCAUCCUUCACAGUAUUCAGGCACCAAAGUCAUUAUUCCUACCCUUCAGGAGGGCCAUGUCAUUUGGUGUCUUAGAAAUGACUCCAGAUCCCCUGCUGCAGGAGGGCUCCUCACCCACUUCGUCUCUCUCUGCACAGCCGUGAGCAGGUACCGUUCCCAGAAGCUGAGGCUGGAAGCUGGCCCUUCCCCAGCAGCCUGACACGAGGGAAAACACAACAUCGCUGACAUGUCUCAUUCUCAGCACUGUAUCUGCACCUGGAUUUAUUGUCGCAAGCUUGUUGCGAGGAAGUGGGCAGCUUGCAGUGACUUGCUAUCACAGGGCUGUUCCUGGAUUAGGCCCCUGUUUUCUUUAAGCUGGGGCCAAUGUCAAGCUGCUUGUUGUUGUCUAUCCUGCAUGCUGUCCUUCAAAUGCGGUUUUGUUACUGUAGGGUUGCUCCUAGGCAGCAGGCUCACAUGCAUCCAAGCACGACUGGCAUGUUGGUCACAAGUGCUGAGCUCCAGACGGCUCCUUGUACUGCAUCUUUUCUGGUUUGGGUAUUUUGAGGGAAUAGCAAAGCACAGAGGCUUUUGGUUUAAAGGAAGAAAAUAUAUUACUAAAAACAGGGCACUCAGUUUUUGAAGCCAUCUAUCUAGUAGCGAGAGCAAACAGCUACGACCCUGACACUCGGUUCUAGUCUUGCCUGCAGGACCUGGGCAGAUCUGUGCCUCAGUCGCAUGUCUGUGAAACGGGGUUAAAGACAGCUAUUUGUAUUUGUGGCUUUUCUCAGACGGGUCUGCAAAGUAUGACUGUUAUCUGCAGCAGUCCUGGGAGCCCCACUCUUGGAAAUGUCUGUUCCUAGCAGGGCUGAGGGAGCUGUGGAGCUUGAUUUACUCUCAGAAGCUAAUCCCGUGAGCUGCUGUGUGCGUCACAGGAUGCUGCGAACAUCCCCCUGUUUCUCCUGAACUCAAACAGGAUUCACUCAAAGCAUCUGUCAAGAUGAGAGUUCAAAUGACCAUGGGAAAAAUAGGCAAGGUCAAUCAUUUCUCUCCAUUCUCUUUCUCCCCUGCCACCCUUUGACGGAGAUGUUGCAAAGAUAUUUCUCAUGUCUCAGGCCCUUUUCUCUGAAGCUGUUUCUCCUCCUUGCCUCUACUCUGCGUUCAUGGUCCUGUCCUCCCCAUCCCCUCCAGAAAAGCUGUGCUCCUGCUUCCUGCUGCCUCAGAGCUGGCUGGGGAGUGGGAAAGAGGGGAGUUCAGAAUGGGACACCAGUUCCUUCAGCUUGUCGGUGUAAUUGUGUUUGAUCGAUGGAGGUUUAACAUGUAGUGUUAUAAAAACAAAUGAACAAACAAACAAACAAAAAGAGGAAAAAAUGUAUUUCUUUUACCAGUUUGUAAAUAUUAUGAGUUACAUGAGAUGUCUGGUAAUGUCCAAGCAGAGGAACAAAGACUUAGAUUUAAUAUAUGGCCCCAUACUUGCUAGCAGAUUUCUAACCCUUUUCAGAUGAGUGAGAGGAGGAGCGAAGGCAAGCCUUUCUGAAAGGAACAGGACAGUGGGAAUGCAGCCACCUUAAGCCACAUGAACUCCAUGCAUGACUGUAGCAUGUUGUUUAGAGCGUGUGUCUGGUCAGCUGAAAAAUGAAGCUGAGGCUGUCUCUGAACUGCUGGGAAGGCGACGUGAGAAUCUCCAGCCAACACCUGUACCUUGGCAGUUAUGUUCAUUUUCAUUUGUUUCCAGUUCCACAGCUUGCGGGUAUGUUGCUCAGUGAGGCACCCCUGCUUUCUUCACCAGUGAAUUUGUGUCACCCCAUGGUAGCACCAACUGCAUGUUAAUGUGCCAUUCAUGAAGAUUGCAUUGGUGACAUGCAUUGUGUCGAGAGUUAGUCUUUGUCUGCACACCUUUCUCAUGCCACUGACUGUUCGCGAUUUGGGCAGAUUCUCUCAUAUACUGCUGCCUGCCCCCAUUCUGAAGAAUAUCCAAGCCCCACCAACUCUCCUUAGCUCCAGGUGCACCCAGGUCAUGCCCCCCAAGCCACCUGAGGAAACCCCUGUGUGAAAAUCCAAACCCACAGCAUGGACAAUGUUGCCAUCAGUAGCCACACAGUCUCUAGGCUGAGCAGAAGCUGCACAUCUGGAAGGAAGCUGGGGAGCAACAGCGAGUCCUGACGAAUCAAGAGGUUUGGGGGAAGAGGAUUUGGAAAGUUGUAGGAGCUACUGUUAGUGUGCUUCUCAGCCCUUCCACCAACUGAUGUUUCAGUUUGAUCUUUGUGUAAUGCUUUACUGCUUUUGCCCUUUCUGAUGAGAGAAUCCAGGGGCACAGGGAAACUGCUUUUCACCUCCCAAGCCUUCUCACACAUCUGCUGCCUCUGCUCUGAGCACACUGACCCACAGCCCAAAUCGUCCUGGUAUAUGGCACAAUGUAGCAACCAGCACCAAGGAUUGCUAAAUGAGACAUUCCUGUGGAGGAGACUCUAGGGGUUGGACAGUUCUCUCUCUCUGUCUCUCUCUUCUGAUGGUGCGCAAUCUUACUGCUUUUCUGACUCAAGGACACAAAAACAUCUCGAGUGAGGGAUGCCGAGUGUGGACCUUGCCAUGAAAGAGCAGAAUGUCAGGAAGGGAAGUAAUGGAGCAGCUGGGUGAUAAUAUCCAAGAUGUGAUGCCAGUGGAAAAGUUAAGGGAGGAGCGAUGCCCAUCAUCCAUGCGCAGAUCUCCCAGGCACGCCAGCAGGGACACCAUGGCCUUGUAGUGCUAACCUUAGAGCGACUUCAUUUCCAGUGGGCUGCUCAGAAGAUAUUUUUUUAACUGCAUGAUUCCUGCUGACUAAGAGCUGUGUCACACCAUUAAAGCCUCCUUCUCUUUUCCUCUUUGCAAUGUGCUAGAAAGGUGUUCAGGCAGCUCCUACAUCCCCCUCCCCCCCCCCCCCCCCCCCAAAUUUUGAUUGAUGAUUGGUUCCCGUAAGGCCAAUCUGUGGUGUUUGCUUGUUGAGUCACUCACCACAGCAGGAAAGCAGAAGUCAUCUCAGUGAGGAUAUGUUGGUAUGGUCCUCCAUAUCUCUGUGGCUUGGGGAGAUCUGUGUGGGUCAAGGAGACCGGGCAGAGCAGGGCUUGGAAAAGAGGAGCAGCUCUCCUAAUUAGCCCAGACAGGUGGAAAGCAAAGGGUCCUUAAGUUGUUUCAGGUUCAGGUUAGCUGGUGCCACAGUGACUUGCAAGCCAUAAGAUGUACCAGGGCAGCAGAGGAGGAAGGGGCAGUGCACAUCAGGAGGACAUGACUGCAGAGAGGGUGGUAGGGCCAUGUGCAUAGCCAAGCUCCUGGGGGAGCAUGGCUGGGGGAAGGGCCAGAGAUCACCUCCACAAAGGCGGCGUCCAGGUGGGACAGGGACCUUCCUUCCCUUCCUGUGCUCAUCGCAUAUCUGCUGCUCGCCUCGCGGUCCCACGGGGCUUACACACCACCCUGCAGUGGGCCUUGGUCAGCAACAGGGUGUGAGACCAGAGAGGCGAGCAGCUGCUCCUGCAGUCGCUCUGGGCCAGGCCCUGGAGCAGGUGUGUGAAUGUACCUGCACCUACCAUAUAGCCCACAUAUGGAGACAAGGAGCCACGUCACCCGGGGGCAUCAGUGAGGACAGCACUUCCCAACUGAGCUGUCUUUCUUCUCUGAAGUUACGAUGUUUGCUCCCCAUUUCAGUCACGUGUGCACCUGUAACCUCUACCACAUACAUGCUACAGUCAUCCUCUCAACAACUGUACAGGCACUCUCCUCUUCCACAUCCGCCAUCAUACACGCAGCCAGACACACACUCCUCCACUUGCUUCCAGUGAUUGCUCCGUCUGUACAUACAGCUCCGUGGUGACCUCCUGAAGAAACCAGGAGAAAGUGUGUGCAUGUGUGUGUGUGUGGGCGCAUGUAUGUGCGGGGGCACAUGCAUGUGCGAGAAAAGGGAGGAAGGGGUAAAGAACGAGAACCUGCCUCUGAGAUGCCACCAUCACCUCCCCAAAUCUUUCUACUUUCCCAGCUGGAGCCAAGUUUUAUCCUCUAGACCUUAAGAAUGAAGGCCAGUCCCUUCUUCUUGCUACACGGUGGGGUGGUUAGAACUCUCCUCAUUAACAGUGUUAUAUACAUAUAAAUAUAUAUAUAUAUCUAUAUCUUUAUAUAUAUUUUUCCCCAGCACUGUAGACAUGAGCUGAACUUCUCUUUAAUGAAACGAGAAAACAGCCAUUUUAUUUUUUGCCAUUGAUUUGUUUUUGGAACUAGCUCUGUGAAAAAUUUUAAAAGCGCAAGUGUGUGUGUAAAAGAACCAAAAAAAAAAAGAAAAAACACCCCAACAAAUGAAUGAACAAAACCCAAUGAUGACAAGAAAAAGCUUUUUAUUUUUUCUUUUCUCAAUGUAUUUAACUUCUGUUAUCUCGUUUCUGUUUCUUUACAUGUAUGAAUGCUCUGCUCUUCUGUGAUCUUAAAAAAAAUACAAAAAAAUACAAAAACGAAAUAAACAUGAAAAGGA